AUGAAUCAACGGCGAUUGUUAAAUACAGUAAACAGUUCAUCCAUUGAUGGUCGCCAAAGAAAUUCAUCCUAUAAUACAAAUUUAAUUUUGAGUACCGCAAAAAAUUCUUCAAAAAAUUCAGAGCAACAAGCAUCGAUUUCAAACAAUAUUUCCUGCUUUUUGCCUUCUGAACGACCGAAUAUAGAAACUACACAUACUUAUCAUCAAGGAGCAGUGUUAAAUUAUCCAAAGCCAUUUUAUUCUGUAGAAGAACACCACGACGAUUACACUUUUCAAACUUCACAGGAAAUCAAGCCUUUUCAACAUUUAAAUAUUAUUAUUCCCAAGAACCAUUUUAACAAUCAAGCUAAUAUCCCUGAGACUAAUAAAGAAGUUAAUUUACUGCUUGCUGCGCAUUCCUACCCUUCAAAUACUUACGAAUCAGCAGGGCAGCCAGCUAGUAAUUCAUUCAACUCAAAUCAAAACGGUGCUAUCUUGAGCAAUAAGGUCAAAGUUACUGAUCAGUCAGUUCAGGAAGUCGUUGAUCAUUCUUUUUACAGGAAGCCCCUUAUAUAUCACGCUGAUGAUCGAAAGGUUGAACGGGUAACCUAUUAUCCGGUUGGUGAAAGGCAUACGUAUGCUACGUAUCCAAUUGUUGAAUUAUCAGUACCAAAGUUGCUUGAAGAAAACUAUUUGAUUGAUGCUACACACAUUAAUCAAAAUAAAACUUGGAGCAACAAUCAUCAGAAUCAGUGGUCGAAAAGCGUAUCCAAGAAUAUUUGUAAACCAGCAAAACUCGACUUUAACUGCAGUUCAGCGCACAGCAUAACCCACCAAAGUAAUCAAUCUAAUACUGUUUUUGUAACAAUAAUAGCUCUUCUCGGCACAUUUUAA